CGGAAGAUAACUAUCGACACCUAGCGGCCACGACACAUUGUUACCGACGGUAAUGCUGAAUGCGGUUAUUACAGGUGCCCCUUGAUUUUCAUGUGAACAAAUAAUGAACGAAACAUGGAGAGUGAUCUUGCUAUCGCUUGCAAUGUUAAUAGGUUGUUAUGUAUCUGGAUCCAUUCCAUUAGCAUUUACCCUGUCAGAGGAUAAGUUGAAGUUGGUCACUAUUCUAGGAGCUGGUCUUCUUGUAGGGACAGCAUUAGCUGUCAUUAUUCCAGAGGGAGUUCAUACUUUAUAUGAGAGUGAACUCCAUAAACAUGAAUCUCACACAGGACAUGGGCAGGCUGUGCGACAUGUGCUUCAAGAGGUAGCCCAAGUCGCAGCAGACAAGCAUGCAGAACAUACACAUUCAGAAGAGCAUGAACAUAGCCAUGGGAUGGAAAUGCAUAGUUUGAUUGGUGUUGCUCUGGUGCUUGGGUUUGUGUUCAUGUUAUUAGUGGACCAGUUGGGCAGCGGUGGACAUAGUCAUGGUGGUUCAUCUGACCUGGAGUCAGUUUCAGGAAGUAAUGGCAGGAAGAAAAUUACAGCAACAUUAGGUUUAGUUGUUCAUGCUGCAGCUGAUGGUAUUGCCCUUGGUGCUGCAGCCUCCACAUCACAGACUCAUGUUGAAAUGAUAGUAUUUAUUGCAAUUAUGUUACACAAGGCUCCUGCAGCUUUUGGUCUGGUAUCUUUUCUCCUGCAUGAAGGAUUUGAACGUUCCAGGAUACGAAAACAUUUGUUCAUCUUCUCAUUAGCAGCACCAGUUCUAGCUUUAAUUACUUUCUUUGGAUUAAGUGGGCAAAGUAAAGAAGCCCUGUCUUCAGUGAAUGCCACAGGUUUAGCAAUGUUGUUUAGUGCUGGGACAUUCCUCUACGUAGCCACAGUGCAUGUCCUUCCUGAGAUUGCAAAUAUGACCACAAGGACUACUGCUGCCGACGGCAGCGUCAUUGUGAGAGAACAAAAAGGAUUUAGAUUAAUAGAACUUGUUUUAAUGGUGGUAGGGGCUCUGCUUCCUCUGAUAUUGUCAUUGGGACAUCACCAUUAGUCUGCCACAGUUGCAGUUAUGGCUAUUUUUUAGAUAUAAAAAGCAUUACAGUUUAUAUUGUUCUAAGGCAUUCUCAAUUUUUUUGACUGAUAUAAAGUUGUGGAACAACACGUUUUUUAAAGUGGGUGAUUUUUCUCAGUUACUACAGCGGAACAAGUUUAUUCUAUAAGAGAAGUAAGAGGUUUUUCAUUCUUGGGUUUGAAUAGGUUUGCCUGUUUUGAAAUAUCUGGAUGUUUUUGAUAAAAAUGGGUUUCAUAAGUUAUUUGCCAAUGGAGUAUGAAGUUAUUUAGGGUUUGAUAUGUUGACCUGUCGCCAGUUACAAAGAUACACUUGUGUUUAAAAACUUCGGAGUUUAAAAAUUUUGAAGGUUGGAACCUGUGUGUAAUGACUGAUAUUACUGGUUGUUAAAUAGAACUUUGUUGAAAAAGUACCACUGGGAUGUAUAUAUGUGGUUCUUAUAAGUGUAUAAAUAACUUUGUAAAAAGGAAGAAAAAACAAUAAGUAUAGUUAUUCUUUGCUGAGUUGGCUCAUCUCUUUAUCACAUGUUCCUUUGCUAGUUUUUUAUGUUUUACAUACAAAUGACAAGUGACAUACUAAGUAGAGAUGAUGUUAAACUUCGUGAAUGAUCAGGGCAGAAGGCAAUAAAGAAGACUUGAUGUUGAGAGCAUCAUGAACUUAUUUGAUGACUACUGACUGAUAUAUAAAAGAGUGACUAGUAAGGUGUACAUAGAAUUUUAAUACAAAUUAACUUUAUAUUGUUUCUUGUUCUGUCUUAACUAUUGUUGUUGCUCAAUAAUAUAAUUCAUGGAUAAAUGUAAGGUAUUUGGCUAAUGGCAAUUGGAUGUGUGCAACAUUUUCUGCUUUAGCAAAGAACUCAAGGUUACAAUAAACAUAUUGCAAUAACUCUGAGACAUCAACUGUAUGAGAAUGUUUUAUUGUAAAUAAAGUAUUUUUCACUCUGGUGCCAUGGAAA